AUGAAUAUAUCUGAUUGUAGUUACUGUCCAGAGGCCAGCACUCAGCCCAGCCAGGUUGUGGAGCGUGGAGUAUGGUCCACUUCGCAAACCGCUUCCUCCGGCCCUAUGGCCCCCGAACGGGGUCACAGGUUCGACCAUGAAGGACAAGGUGCAGGAGUGAAGGAAAGGAGAACGGGAAGCCCAGACUCGACCCAGCCCGGGGAGGGAAAGUGCGGAGCGGAACAGCGGAUCCGCAGACCCAUGAACGCCUUCAUGGUGUGGGCUAAGGAUGAGCGAAAGCGAUUGGCGCUGCAGAAUCCGGACCUGCACAACGCAGUGCUGAGCAAGAUGCUCGGCCAAUCCUGGAAGGCUUUGAGCACGCUGGACAAACGUCCCUUUGUUGAAGAAGCCGAGCGACUCCGGCUCCAGCACCUCCAAGAUCACCCUAACUACAAAUACCGGCCUCGACGCAAGAAACAGCCCAAAAAAAUGAAGCGUGUUGAGCCCGGGCUGCUUCUCCAAGGCUUGGGUGGGGGUUCUAGAGGUCCUGGAAGCGGUGAGUCUUACCCUCACCAUCUUCUACCCCCUUUGGGCCAUUUUCGAGACCUUCACCACGGACCUGGAGGCUCGGAUCGGGAGAUCUACGGACUCCCCACGCCUGAAAUGUCUCCUUUGGAUGUUCUAGAAGAGGGUGCAGGAGACUCGAUUUUCUUUCCUCAUCACAUGCAGGAAGACGUUGGUUUGGUCCCUUGGGUCAGUUACCACCAGCACCAACAGCAAAACCAGAGCCACCUUUCCAACCAUAGUCCACCCAAUAUCCACUCGGUGCAUCAACCCCAUCCCCACCUUAAUCAGAAAUCUGCUCUGGCUUGUCGAUCCAUGCAGGAGAAGUGCUCCGAACUCACGAACCCUCACAAUCUCUACAAUUCACAUUCCAUAACUCUCCCAGAUCAAGUCAAGAUCCCCCAACCUUCAAGUCUUCCCCUUCAAAGUGCUUACUACGCUCAGAUCUAUGAUAACACCCAACAACAGGCUGCAUUUACCUCCCAAUUAGGUCAACUUUCCCCACCUCCGGAAUCGGCUACCCCUGCCGCCAUCGCGCCCCAGAUUUCACAACCACCUCUGGACAGUAACAACCAGCUGGAACAUCCUGUUGAUUUCUGGAGCGAAGUGGAUCGACAUGAGUUUGAGCAGUAUCUGAGUGCCAGCAGGACUCGAGCAAAUAGGAAUGUGUCAUGUGAGGAGAGCAGUACGCUUAUAUCAGUUCUGUCUGAUGCCAGCAAUGCUGUUUACUACAGUACCUGUAUAACCGGAUGAAAUUUAGCAUUAAGCUCUGGUAAAUGCUGUUCCUGAAAUUUGGAGCACAUGGGUUACUGUCUGGAUGGUGGCAUUUGUGGAAUUAAGCAAAAAUAAUCAUAAUUAAUACAUUAAUUCUAAAAAUUAAUCUAAGACGUCUUUUAUAUUUUAACAUUUUACACAAAUAAAUAGGAUUUUUUUACAUUGUUUUUACACUACAUACAUAA